UGUUAAUUAUGUAACGUAUGUGUGUCCGAAAAAUGAUUAUUGUUCGAUUGACUGAAACGCAACUGAUGGACGGGCACUGGCAUAAUGCACUGAAGGUACAUCGCUUGUGUUUAUAUCUCACGUACUAAGUUAUAAUGUACUGCGUUUAUUCAGCCCGGCCUGGUUCGUCACCAAUCAUGUACCGCUAUUUUCGGACAUAUAUUUCAAUAUAAUUAAAUAAUUUGUGUCGUCUAGAGCGGGGUGGAUAUCAUCCAUCCCUUUAUAAACUCGAACAAUAAUUUCAUUGCUAUCAAAGUAGUUUCAAACAUCCAAGUGGAAAUCAGUAUUUCUAUCCUAUAGUCAACGCAACAAAGUGUACCAAAAGAAAAGAAUGGCUACCUUCAAGAUUGUGUUCGUUGCCGUUUGCUUGAUCGGAGUGAGUAAAGCCGGAGUUCUGCUGCCAGCUGCUCGAUUCGCUGCUGCACCCGUUGCCGCUCUAGCACCAGCAGUUCCAGCAGUUGCAGCAGUCAACACUAACUACGACCCACUGCCACAGUAUACCUACGCGUACAAUGUUCAGGACGCUUUGACCGGCGAUAAUAAGAGCCAGCAAGAAACUCGAGAUGGAGAUGUUGUGAAGGGCUCUUACUCGCUGGUUGAACCCGAUGGCACUGUGCGCACCGUGAUCUACACUGCCGAUCCAAUCAACGGCUUCAACGCAAUCGUUCAGCGUGGCCCAUUGGUACACAAGGCACUGGUGCCAGUUGCACCGGUGGCCAAGGUGUUCGGUUGAAUUCCGUUUGACCGUUCUGUUUUGUUGCAUUGCUCACCUAUAGAAUCAUAGACUGAUGUUAGCUCAACCAUCAAUUAUCGUGCUAUUACUGCUAUUACUAGUUGUUAAUCAAUAAAAUAAAAUAAUACACAUGAAA